AUGGAACCGUCGACGUACUCUACGCGCGAUGUCCCCCCCCAAGUGGACAGUCAAUCCGAGGAGUCUCACAGUUAUGUUCGCCGACGAGAAUCACCGUCGGGUCAGUCCUGCUAUCAAGAUGCUCAAGAAACAUCACAGGGAGAUGGACUGGACCCGCCGACCACACCGUCGCCAUCGAUAUCCUACGGGGGCGUGCAAGGUUGGCAAGAAAGUCUCAGUGGGAAGAUGGCGAUACCUCCUUGUACAAGCAAGGAAGAUGUCGAUGCACUUCUCACGGCCACAGCUCUUCCUCCCGUUACCAAAGAAUCGUUGGAGGAGUUGGAUCUUAUGUGGAUCCAAUCCAACAUCAACCUCAGAGUCGACAUUAAUUAUGACCACGAUCUGCAUUUCAUGCCGGUCUCCGGUCGGAAGGGGGACCAGAAGAGACAAGAAGCAAGAAAAUAUUGGUUGAGUCUUGAGGCGGAGUUGCGAAUAAGGUACCGACACGCUGUCUUGGUGUCAUGUGCGGAAUGCGAAGAAAUCUCUUCUGCCCUUUCUCCUCACUCGAUUAGGCCGUUAUUUUUUGGUCCCAGACUGCCUCAAAUGGUUUUCAAACUCAAGGAACUGCUCAUCAUCUUGGUACCUGAUCGAGACCAAGACCAGAUUGCUCAGUACCUUGAUGUCUCGUUGCUCCUGCAGGAGGCAUCUCACGGCCUCUUGGAUGUGGUUCGACUUGCCCGUUGGCUCUGUGAACUUCUCACAAGCCACUGUGCACCCAUGAGGGACGAAUCUGCUCAAGAGAUGGCUGAGCAAGUGCGAGUCGGAACUGAAACAGGAGAUCUCCAUGCCCUGGUCGCAGGUGUCGAAAAGCUCUUUGCUUUCUUAGAAGCUAUGAAACUUGAUGUCGCCAAUCAUCAGAUUCGAAGCUUACGGUAUCAGCUGAUCGAUGAUACCGUCGCGUUUCAAAAAGAUUAUUUUCGCACUCGCAUCAAUAAUGGGAAGCUCGAUGUGAAACCCUGUCGGCAAUGGUACGCUAGUGCCGUUGCAAAGCACCGAGACUGUCAGAGAAGCGGUGAAACUCGCAAGACCGCGUCCCUAGGAUCCUUGAUCCAUGGGCUCAUUGAUUACUGCCUGUCAGCAAACCUCGACGUCCCAGCUACUCUGCACCACGACAAGACACGGCUGCGGACGAUGCGCGACGAGCUCCAAGACAUCCUGCAUCUCAACAUCUGCUUAUCAAUUUUUGACCAGCUGAUUCGACAUCUCCUCGGUCCAGAACGCCAUUCGUCUGCCAUGCACUCAACCCUGCAGACUAGGAUAAUAGAAAUGAAACUUAUUUUGCAGAGCAGGAUUAUGGACCUUACAGAUGGAAAUACAGGACCCAAUCUCACAGUACCCGACAUCUGGCUCCAACACGGAAGUGCAAUCGCCCUCGAGCUUACCCGGGCUGCGUAUCACGUGUAUAAACGGGCCGAGUUUUCUCUUCCCGAUGCAGAGGUUGCCAAAACAACACUGCACCUGAUGAGCGAAUUUGAAUCGGAGAGACACCAUGGCAGUCGGGCAAGGGCACUAGCCAGUGAGCUUGAGCAAGCAGCACACGAGUAUGCCAGUACAUUUCAAGGCAUGUCAACAUUGGCAAUUUCUGAAGCGCAAAAGCAAUGGUACCAGCUUCGGCAACAAAGACAACCAUGGCGAAAUACGCCAGAUUUGGAUGAUAUGGCGAGAAGAUUGGCGCAUAUUGCGGUGAUUCAUUGGAUGGUCUGGGCGGACUUAGUAUAUUCGGAGCAUGCAGUUGAACAUGACACGACGUUUGAGCAUGAACACGGCGCUGAAACUGAUAGUAUUAGAUUUUCUGGCGGUCGGGAAAACACUGGGAUUUCAAUGAACGUGUAA